GUCAGAUUUUGUAUUACUGUUGCCGGUUGUACUCUGUGUGUGAUUUAUAAUCCUAAUGAUCUUAGUAGGUUGUUGUAGUUUUAGAGUGCAUUUCCGUGUCUUUGAGAAUCAUUACUUGAUUCAACUACUAUUACUACUGCUGAAGGAAAGUGCUGUGGAAUCUGCUGAUAUUUGAUCUGUUGGAAAGCACGAUGGAUAUACCCCCAUGCAUUGCACAGCAGGCCGUGCUUGUUAAGAGUGAGGCAAUGCCGUCCAAUGCACAAGUUGUGAGAGGAUAUGACUUCAGCAAUGGCGUGGAUUAUCAUGCACUGCUUCAGUCUUACCUCACAGUUGGCUUCCAGGCAACUAACUUUGGCUUGGCAGUAGAGGAGAUAAAUAAGAUGAUUGCAAAGAAGAAUGAGCCAUUGCCUUUAGAUCGCAAGGAAGACAUAUACAAACUCAAUCCGACAGGAUGCAAACCAACAAACUGCACAAUAUUUUUGGGUUACACGUCAAAUCUUAUCUCUGCUGGCACGCGAGAGAACAUCAAGUUUCUUGUAGAGAAUAACAUGGUUGAUUGCAUUGUAACGACAGCAGGUGGUGUGGAGGAGGACUUUGUUAAAUGUUUGGCUCCCACCUACAUUGGAGACUUUGCUCUUAAAGGAAAAGAACUACGCAAAAAAGGAAUAAACAGAAUAGGAAACCUCUUGUCUCCAAAUGACAACUACUGUCUAUUUGAAGAUUGGCUCAUGCCUAUAUUAGACCAGAUGGUCAUAGAACAAAAGGAGCAGGGCGUGCGAUGGACACCCUCAAAAAUGAUUGCAAGACUUGGCAAAGAAAUAGACAAUACAGAUUCCGUUUACUAUUGGGCGUAUAAGAACAAUAUACCUGUGUACAGUCCAGCACUGACAGAUGGCUCUCUUGGUGAUAUGCUGUAUUUCCAUUCCUACAAACAUCCAGGCUUGAUAUUAGACAUAGUAGAAGACAUUCGCCUGCUAAACAACCAGGCAGUGUAUGCAAUCAACACCGGUAUGAUAAUCCUAGGAGGUGGAUUAGUGAAGCACCACAUAGCUAAUGCGAAUCUAAUGCGUAAUGGAGCGGACUUCUCGGUGUACAUAAACACGGCACAGGAGAGCGACGGCAGCGACUCGGGGGCGCGGCCAGAUGAGGCCGUGUCUUGGGGCAAGAUAAAGCCAACCGCCACUCCAGUCAAGGUGUUUGCAGAGGUUACUCUCGUGCUGCCCCUUAUCAUAGCAGAGACCUUCGCACGCCAUCACUUUGCCAAGGAAAAAGAUUCCCAAAAGAGCUGAAACUGUUGCGGCAGGUUGGAGAACUGCAUUUUAAACUUUUGUUAUUUAAGAUUUAUUGAAAAUUAUGGUUAUUUGAAAAUUGCUCAUUUAAGUCUUUCAUAUUCAUCAUCAUUUCAGCCUUAACCUGUAAAAUGUCAUAUGGGAUAUCAUUCCCAUCAAGUUCCAAAAUCUUAUAAUCACGUUACCUUUUAAUGGCGCACUGUGUUGCGUAAAGCACCAAUAAUGUAUAUCAAGUUGGCAAAAAGUGUACAAAAACAAUGUUUUCUGCAAUUAUUUAUACAAGCUUUUGCUAUUUCCAAAUUGUUUUGGUAAUUUUAGGUGUCUUUCCCUGUUUGAUGAACACCAUAUGUGAAGUAAAUGGUUAUCUUGCUGUCUAUCAUGCAGCAAACCUUGUUUCAUGAAAGCGUACCACUAAACUGGUACGUACAAAGAUGGAGUUAGCUUGAAACUAUAAAAUUAACUUGUUGAACUCUAA